AUGCAGACGCCACAUUGCAGAGCCACCAAACUCCUGCUCAUCCUUCUGGGCCCCAUACUGUUGGCUGUGGGCCGGGCUGCUAUGGAUAGCCAAGCACUGUAUGAGCUUGAGAGGGCACCAGCCUAUUGGGAUGCUCAGGCCAGGGCAACACUGGAUGCUGCGCUGAAGCUCCGCCCCCGGGAGCACCAAGCCAAGAACCUCAUCCUGUUCCUCGGCGACGGGAUGGGUGUGUCCACAGUGUCGGCAGCUCGUAUCCUGCGAGGUCAGAUGGAAGGCAGAUCAGGGGAGGAAACAAUGCUGGCCAUGGACAGCUUCCCAUAUGUGGCCCUGUCAAAGACCUACAGUGUGGAUAAGCAAGUAGCAGACAGCGCUAGCACGGCUACAGCUUACCACUGUGGGGUGAAGGCCAACGCUAAGACAGUGGGCCUCAGCGCUAACGCAGUUGCCUACGAGUGUAACACCACCUUUGGUAACGAAGUCUACUCAGUACUGCGCCGUGCUAAAGCACAAGGUAAAUCGGUUGGUGUAGUGACCACCACCCGUGUCCAGCAUGCCUCCCCGGCCGCCGCUUAUGCCCACUCUGUCAGCCGCAGUUGGUACAGUGACGCAGAUCUUCCUUCAAGUGCCCGCCGACAGGGGUGCGUCGACAUUGCAACCCAACUGGUCACCAAUGUUGAUAUUGAUGUGAUUCUGGGGGGAGGGAGGAUGUAUAUGACACCAAAAGGCACUGCAGACCCAGAGUAUCCUACCUCCAACUCUCGCAAGGGGGACCGCAAAGACAAGAGGAACCUCAUUGACGUGUGGCUGAAGGCUAAACCAAAAAAGAAGUCCCACUAUGUAUGGCACAAGAAGGAGUUUGAUGAGAUAAAUGUGAAAGCUACUGACCGGCUCAUGGGUCUAUUUGAGCCAAAGGACAUGCGAUUUGAGGUUUUCCGGAACAACACACGUGACCCCUCCAUUGUGGAGAUGACAGAGAAGGCCAUACAAAUCCUCAGCAAGAAUCCCAAAGGAUACUUCCUGUUUGUGGAAGGAGGGAGAAUUGAUCAUGGCCACCAUGACGGCAUUGCCAAACUGGCGCUGACGGAAGCUGUGAUGUUCGACCGAGCCAUUCAGCACGCUUCACAUCUAACCAGGGAAUCUGACACUCUCACUGUGGUCACUGCUGACCACUCCCACGUCUUCACCUUUGGUGGUAACACACCUCGAGGGAAUCCCAUCUUUGGUCUGGCACCAAAGAGAGCCGAUGACAAAAUGCCUUUCACCAGCAUAUUAUAUGCCAAUGGCCCGGGUUAUGUCCAUAUAAAUGGAACCAGAGGGAACAUCACAAUGGCGGAUUACUACGAUGAGGAGUACAUGCAGCAGGCUGCCGUCCCGUUGGAUGCUGAGACGCACGGCGGGGAGGAUGUGGCCAUCUACGCCAAAGGCCCAAUGGCUCACCUGUUCCAUGGGGUGAAAGAGCAGAACUACGUGGCACACGUCAUGGCCUACGCUGCCUGCUUAGAGCCCUACACAAACUGCCCUCCUCACCCCCACAGCCACAACUCUAGCGGGUGUGUGAACAGAACCUCAAGCCUCCUGUUCGGCCUGUUUAGCCUCCUCUGGUUUCUCAGAUGA